CACAGAGGUGAAGCAAAAUGCCGCAUCCGGAUGGGGACUCACUACCACCCACAACCACCUUCAAUUGUUGCGGACUUGCUACAUGGAAAACCGAAUGGACUUUAUCGACUAGAUGCAAUGGACACUAAAGAAGAGAAGAAGAGGGAAGCAGAUAUUUGUUACCGUCGUCAUUUCCUUUAAACGCGCAACGAAAACUCCUAAAUCGCUUUGGGACAGCAUUAAACAAUCGCGCGCUGCUCCAAGCUUUUUGUCCCAAAGCGACUUCCGUCGAGCUGGUGAAAACAACAUGGUGCUGGAGAAGAAGACCUCCGCUCGGGUGGAGGCGGGCCAACGGAGAGUUUUGGAUGAAGCCACCCGCCAGAGAAGGCUGAGCAGGCAGCUCGACGCUUUAGAGAAAGACAACUUCCAGGACGACCCUCUGAGCUCCCUUCCACCGCCAGGUCCAACAGCCCGCCUCCCCGCCUUUAGUGAAACAGAAGAGCCAGAGAAGAAAAAGAGGAAGACGCGGGGCGACCACUUCAAAUUGCGUUUCAGGAAAAACUUCACAGCGCUCCUGGAGGAAGAGAACCUGUCGGAGAAGCUGGAACCAAAUUACCUCUCUGCUCUGGUCCCCCCCUCCUCGCUUCCUCCAAGACACUUUUGUUGUGUGUGCGGAUUCCCAUCCAACUACACUUGCACUACCUGUGGGGGGCGCUACUGCUCCAGCAAGUGCCUGAGCACCCACAGAGAGACCAGGUGUUUGAAGUGGACGCUGUAACGGAGGCGGUGGUUGUUGCCACGGAAACUGCCAGAUGGACACUUCACGUGGGAGGAAUGUGGUGUGGACACUGUCAGCCAUGUGUACUGCGUUGUCUACAUUUGUGUAUGAUUCUGUGGAAAUGUGUUUUGACGACACUUUUUAAAGCCCUGUAAUAUAAAAAGCAAUAAUUAUAGAAUUUCAUUAUCACAAUCUGUGCGUUUGUAUUAAUUGAAUUGUAUUUGUCAACUCUAUCAAUACAUUAAAUAAAAUACUGUUUAGUAUUUUGGAGAACUAUACCUCCUAAGAUGUGUAAUUUCUUCCAAGUCUGUCAAGUAGCCAAUGUGCCUCCUCAAACAGUACAGGUAAAGCUAGUGUUUUUUAACAAUUACUUUCCCCUACCUCGAAAAACUAAGGUCAUUUGGUCAAAAUGUGUAUUCUGGGACAUUUUUUGAUAUUAUAUCAUCUGUGAUGAAUUGUACUGGACUACAGGAUGUCCUCAGUUUAUGACUUUUGUGUUUAUGAUGGACUCCUUUUAUUUAAUUAAAAGCUGAUUUUCAAACUGAGUAGUUUGGUUCGUAAAUACAAGACUCAAUCUCGAGCACUGUUACAUGUGUGCAUGUGGAAAAAUAAGUUUAAAGGACAAAGUCGCUUUUAUUUUUUGGUGAACUGUUUACCCUCCAUUUUGUCUCCCAAGCAGAAGGCAGACUCUUCUGACAUUAGUGAGUUGCAGAAAACAACAAUGAAAUGAAAUUAGAUAUUGUGAAUGGUCAGAAAUGGGAGCUAUUUUGUUAUUUUUGUAUAUAUAUUUUUCCUUCUGUAGAAACUAGGAGGGCUAAAGAACUUUAAGCCUUGUGUAACUUUACAUUGUGUCUUUUUGCUUUACAGCAUUUUCCCUUUUUUUUUUGCUGUUUUAUAUUAUAUAGUGAAUUUUAAAAACAAAACUGCAGCUCAAACUUUGGGCACCCUUGUGAAAUUAAAGAAGGUAUUGUUGAACAUGUGAAAUGAUCUGCUCCUAUGAAAUGUACAGUGAUAACUUAGCAGUGUAGGGAUCUCGUUACCGAGACCUUCUAAAAAUGACACAACCACUGGGAUAAAUGUGAGAAAUUGUUCUUUUUUAAUUAUUGUUUAAUUGAAUUCUUGUUUUAAUAUUUUUAUUACUGUA